ACAGGGUACACGAUGUCAAAUAAAUGUAAGUCUUACAGGAAAUUGGGGUCCGAUGAUGAAAGAACAGUUAUAAGAUAAUCGCAUCUCAUGUCCUUAAAAAGUAAGUCUGAUUAUCUUUGCUGCCUUAUCUCCGAUUAUCUGGCGCAGCCGGCCACUACAGGAAUGUUCCCUAGGGAAUGUUUAAAGGCCCGAGUCAGGAUGUUCGAUCAGCCUAUUACACCAAGUGGUGCAACAGCACGAGACACAGACGCCCUGAGUCGCAUGUACCAUAAAAUCCACUGCCGGCUGCUUGUUCGCCUCAAGUAAAAGCGAAAGCCAUACAGUGACUGUGAACAAAAGAUAAGUCGUUAGUAGCCUAUAGUUCCUUCACUAAUGCACGUGUAGUGUCACUCAAACCACUAUCAGGAGCUCCAAGACAUGGAAGGAUUCUGUGAUUCCGCAUUCUGGAACACAUCUCUAGUUUGGAACAGUGAUUGGCCGGAGGUCACAACCUGUUUCCAAGACACUGUACUUGUUUGGAUUCCCUGUGGCUUUCUGUGGUUUGCUGCACCAAUCUAUGCACUCUUUCUCUUCAGAACUUGUUCUAAUGCCUAUCCAACCAGCACACUGUACAAAAGCAAGCUUCUAGUCUGCAGUUUGUUAGCAGCUGCAAUCACAGUAGACUUUGUCAGAGAAGUCUCCAUCCACACGCAGAACAACAGUUCAGCAUGGAAGUCAGAAGUGGUGGCUUUAUUUAUACAGCUGAUCUCAGUGUUGCUGACUGCUGUGUUUAUAGAGAUGGAGAGAAGGAAGGGUUUUGUCACAUCUGGAGUGCUGUUCAUCUACCUGCUUCUUUGGGCAUUCUGCUCCCUCGUUCCUUUCUAUUCACUUAUUUUCAAACAGAUGUACCUGCCAGAAGUCAUCAUGUUUAACUUCAAGUAUCUGUUAAUAAUUGUGCUUUUUAUACUUCACUGCUUUGCUGAGAAAGCAGCUUCUCAUGCCACGAAGUCAAAGAAAAUGUGCCCUGAGACAUCUGCCUCUUUUAUUUCAAGAUUAACGUUUUGGUGGCUGAACAGGCUGAUGGUGGAAGGAUUUAAAGCACCACUCACAGAGGAAAAGGUAAAUGAUCCCAAUCCACAGCAGCUUGCAAAAAAUGUAAUACCAGCUUUUUUGAAAAACUGGGAUUCAGCCUACAAAGUGGUCAAGACAAACCAGAACUCCAUGUCACAACACAAAAAAUCUCACCAUGUAUCAGACCACAUCAUCUCCGUUCAUUUCCCAGACAAUGACAAACUGGAGCCUCUGUUAAUAAAUCAACACCUUAGUCAGUCUGUCAACAAGAAUAAGGAAUGCAGCAAGAUCUCCUUGUUCAAAGUGUUGUGGAAGACAUAUGGCAUGAAAAUACUUAUGAUUCAAAGCUGGCAGUUGAUCAAAGAGCUUAUGUGGAUAUCUAAUCCUCUGGUGCUGGGAUGCCUUAUUGAUGUCGUCCAAGACAAGACAAUCCAAGCAUGGAAAGGGUAUUUUUUUGCAGUCCUCUUGUUUGUGUUGGUCAUUUUACAAGCCAUUUUAGAUAAACAGAUCAUCCAUCAUAGUGGAUGUAUUGGACUUCAAAUCCGUACAGCGCUAAUGUCAGCAAUUUUUAGAAAGGCACUGAAAAUGGAUUCAAAGUCUAAGAAAGAUUCAUCAACAGGGGAGAUAGUAAAUCUGAUGUCAGAUGAUGCUGAGCACAUUGAGCAAACCAUGGCCUUUUGUUCAGCAGCCUGGGCCUGUUUACUGGAUAUUUCAAUCUGCAUGUAUCUGCUAUAUAAUGUGCUUGGACCUCCUAUGUUUGCAGGUCUGGCAUUGCUGCUUUUGAUAAUUCCUUCUAAUAUUAUUCUCUACGGUAGGGUCAGAAAACUGUAUGAUGAAAUCAUGAAGAUGAAAGAUGAGCGUCUGAAGAUACUCAGUGAAGUGCUAAAUGGAAUCAAGAUCCUCAAGAUGUAUGCUUGGGAAUCAUCAUUCUUCAGCAAAGUCAAUGCUAUCAGGGAAAAGGAAAUGCACCUAAGAAAGAAAUAUGCUAUAAUGGAAGUGUUUCUUCAUUUCUCAUGGACUGUAGCACCAUUUUUAGUAUCUUUAGCAAUGUUCGUGACAUACAUCUACAUGGAUAAAGACCAUCAUCUAGAGCCAAGAACGGCCUUUGUUACACUAGCUCUGCUAAAUGUCAUCCGAAUUGCCAUGAACUGGGGUCCAUGGGUACUCAAUGCUUGCAUCAGGGCAGCAGUGUCUAUAAGGAGAAUCAGUUGUUUCCUAAAUCAGAAAGACCUUGAUAUGGAUGGCAUGUUGAAAAAAUCUAAUGAAGAGCCUGGUCCAGCAUUGUCCAUUGAAAAUGGAACAUUUACAUGGGAUGAAAGUCUAGGCUUGACCCUUAAAAACAUCUGUAUAGAAAUCCCACAAGGGUCACUAGUAGGUUUAGUUGGUACGGUUGGCUCAGGAAAAUCCUCGCUGUUGUCAGCUUUCCUUGGAGAAAUGCAUAGGGUUGAAGGAAAAGUCUGCAUCAAAGGUUCCAUAGCAUAUGUCCCACAACAACCCUGGAUACAACAUGACACUGUACGAGGCAACAUUCUGUUUGGGAAAGAUAUGAACCAAGAAAUUUUUGACAGAAGCAUUAUUGCAUGUGCAUUAGGACCUGACUUGGACAGUCUGCCUGAUGGAGAUAUGACAGAAAUUGGAGAGAAGGGAAUAAACCUAAGUGGAGGUCAGAAACAACGGGUUAGCCUUGCUCGUGCUAUCUACAACUCUGCUGAUAUCUAUCUUCUUGAUGACCCUCUAAGUGCUGUGGAUAUCAAUGUGGGUUUACACAUCUUUGAACAAGUCAUAGGUCCCAAUGGUCUGCUGGCUGGGAAGACUCGUGUUUUAGUGACUCAUGGUGUACAUUGGCUCCCACAUGUGGAUGUCAUCAUCAUGAUGAAAGAUGGCUGUGUAAUAACAACUGGGACUUACCAGGAUCUCAUCACACAUGAUGGGCCUUUUGUUCAGUAUGUCAGAUGCCUCAUGACUGAGCAAAUUGAGAGUGAUGAGGAAGAGGACCCGGAAGUCCUAGAGAUCAAGCAUCAAAUUAUGAAACAACUAGAAGCCAUUUCUGGGGAAGAUGAAGAGGAAAAACUGUCUUACAAAAACUCUCCCAUUAACAACCAUCUAGCCAGUCAUACUGCUAGUGAUCUGAACGGAGUAGUACCUGCAGAAGCUAUUCGACAUCAUCAAUUAACUUCACAGCUAAGCAGAGAGAAAAAAAAGGAGAAAGAAGCAGAAAGAACCAAAGAAGAAUUUGACCUUGACCUGGCUCAGAAGAAGCACAUUUUAGUGGAGGAAGAGAUGGUUGAAGACAGGAAGAUAGGAUGGGAUGUUGUUGCUACACUGAUCCGCUCUGUGGGACCAGUAUAUUUUGUUGCUAUGAUUGUUGUGUUUGUUGCUUAUCAUGUGGCAUCACUGGCUUCCAACAUCUAUCUCAGUAAGUGGACAGAUGAUACCACACUUCAGAACUUCACUGCCUUCCCUGCAAACAGCUCCCUGCGAAUGGAUCGCAAUAAUUACUACUUGAGUCUUUAUGGUGGCUUUGGAGCUGCUCAAGCAUUUUUACUGAUAGUGUUCAGACUUCUGGAUGAUUUUCGACUGAUUUCUGCCUCACGGAUUCUCCACAAUAACUUGCUGAAAACUAUUCUGCAAGCGCCUAUGUCAUUCUUUGAUACCACACCUUUUGGCCGCAUAAUCAACAGAUUUUCACAGGACAUAAGCACAAUUGACAAUAGCCUCCAAUACAGCAUCUCUGGUGGAAUUGAAUCAACGUGUUUAGUCUGUUGUUCGCUGAUCAUCAUCGUCUACAGCACACCUUGGUUCCUUGUUGCUCUGAUUCCAUUAUCUAUUUUGUAUAUAAUGUUGCAGAGAUUUUAUGUAGCAACCUCUCGACAACUAAGGAGACUGGAUGCUAAGUUCCGCUCACCCAUCUACAGCCAUUUUAGUGAAACUCUGCAGGGCUGCAGUGUUGUCCGUGCUUUUGGUGCACAACUUCGAUUUGUUGAAGAAGCUGAAAGAAGGAUUGAUGAAAACACACAUUUUCGUUUUUAUCUUUAUGGUGGAAAUAGGUGGCUGGGAUUCAGAUUGUCAUUUUUGGGAGCAGUGGUUGUGUUGACAACUUCCCUUAUGGCAGUUGCUACAAGACAGUCCGAGUCAGCAGGCCUGAUGGGUUUAGCUUUUCUGUAUUCUUUGGAAAUCACAGGUAUCAUGGAUUUUUUCGUGGGCUCCUGGAGCACCUUGGAGUCGGAUAUGGUCAGUGUUGAAAGGGUUAAAGAAUACACUGAUCUGGGAGUUGAGGCCCCUUGGGAAAUCUCUGCUCACAAACCUCCAGAUUCUUGGCCAGAACAUGGCGAUGUGAAGAUAGAUGAUAUUGCCCUUCGCUACAGAGAUGGCCUUGACCUUGUCCUAGAUGGUGUCUCUGUACAUGUUUCUAGCAAAGAAAAGGUUGGAAUUGUAGGAAGAACAGGGGCAGGUAAAUCUUCACUGACUACAGCACUCUUCAGACUUGUGGAGUUGGCAAGAGGCAAAGUUUAUAUUGAUGACCGUGACACUUCACUUAUGGGCUUGCAUGACCUAAGGUCUGGACUUGCCAUACUACCACAGGAUCCAGUCAUUUUUGCUGGCAGUCUCCGGUCAAAUCUCGAUCCCUUCUCCCAGUACAAUGACCAGGAAGUGUGGACAGCGCUGGAGCAUGCACAUCUCAAAACAUUUGUUACCUGUCUGCCUGAUGGUCUAGAAUAUGAUUGUGGAGAAGGAGGCACCAAUUUAAGCAUGGGACAGAGACAACUUGUGUGUCUAGCCAGAACUCUGCUACGCAAGAACAAAGUACUGGUCCUGGAUGAGGCAACGGCUGCUGUUGAUAUGGAAACUGAUGAACUCAUUCAGCAAACCCUCCGAACUCAGUUUGCAGCCUGCACAAUUCUGACUAUUGCCCAUCGAUUGAAUACUAUCAUGGACUAUGACAAAAUUCUGGUAUUAGACAAAGGGCAAGUUAUGGCUUUUGACACACCACAGCAUCUGCUUCAAGAUUCAAACAGCAUCUUCUACAAGAUGGUGGAGAGUGCUGGGCUCCUAACAUCUUAAUUCUACUUGUGAUUGAACAACUCAUGGAGCAGAGCAGUUCUGAUAGUAUUUUGUU